CUUCCCCUCUCCCUCAAUCAAAUUCUCCUCAUCUUUCCUCUUCCCCUCCUCUUCCCUUUCUCUCCAGGGGAUAAGAAAGGCAAAACUUUGGUCACAAAAACAUGGGUACUUUGGUGGGGCAUGUGGCGCCAGGCUUUGCUUUCCUUGCACUUGGUUUAUGGCAUCUCUUUAAUCACAUCAAACUCCAUUUACUCCACCCAAAUUCAUACACAUCUUCUCCAUGGUUUCCCACCUCCAAAAUAAGGUACAUAGAGCUCUUCUUAAUAAUGGUAGGCUCUUCCAUCUCCAUCUCCAUGGAACUCUUUAUUGGCCCUGAAAAGCACCAACCUUUUGACCCUGAUGGAACCAUCCCAUCAAACCACCUCCAGAACUUUGAGCACUCUGCAAUUUCCAUGACCUUUUUUGCCUAUGCAGCCUUAGCAAUUCUCCUCGACAAAACAGCCCCAAAAGCCCAACAUGACUUGACACAAUUUCUAGGAGCUGUAGCCUUUGCCCAACAGCUUCUCCUCUUCCACCUCCACUCUGCUGACCACAUGGGGGUUGAGGGCCAAUACCAUCUUCUCCUCCAAAGCGCAAUUGUUGUAUGUUUAGCCACUACUCUCAUGGGAAUUGGGAUGCCUAAAAGCUUCAUGAUUAGCUUUGUGAGGUCCCUCAGUAUUGUAUUCCAAGGGGUCUGGCUCAUACUUAUGGGCUACAUGCUCUGGACCCCAGGGUUGAUUUCUAAAGGUUGCGUCCUCCACCUUGAGAUGGGUCACAAAGUGGUCCAGUGCUCGAGCGAUGAAGCACUCCAUCGCGCCAAAGCGUUGGUUAACCUCCAAUUCAGCUGGUUCCUGGUGUUUGUCUCCAUUUUUGCAAUCACUUUCUAUAUGUUUUUGGCAAAAUUCUACCACGAAAAGGUUGAAUACUCAACAUUAACAAAGGAAUUCGAACCGCUAGAGAGUGGUUCCGAAGAUGUUGAAUCUCAGAAGGAAAGCAAAUUUGGAGACUCAAAGAGUACCACUUUUGUUCAUUUGGGAAAAGGGUAUUAAAAAUUUGACUUGUAAAGAAAGACUGUGAAAAGAUGAGUCGUGGAUUAGGUGUCUGUACAAAUUGAUUAGGUUGGUGGAAGAUUAAUUAAUUAAUUAAAUUAAAAAUUAAAUUAAUCUCCACCAUGUUUAUUGUUUUCUCCACCUUUUAUCUUUUUUUUUUUUAGGGACAGUCCCGACUUUUGCUUGAUUAAGCUCCCAAUAAUGCUGGCUCAAUGAGAAUAGAGGUCUUCAGGGGAUGUCAAAAAGUGUGUUGGUGGGGAGAAGUGGGAGUGGAAUUGUUUGGUCUGAUUUCAUGGUAUUUGGGAUUAUGUCAAUCUUUGUGGUUGUAAUGUAAAGAAAAAGCUAUACUAAACAAGAGAAUUUAUUGUGAAAAUAAAUCUUGAAAGCACCU